AUAGAUAGAUAGAUAGAUAGAUAGAUAGAUAGAUAGAUAGUUUUGGUGUUGUUUUCCUCCAUGUACUGUACUCCCAUUCUGCGCUAAGUACGCCUCCGGCUCAAAUUACAGUUUCUCUUUCCCCUGGUAAACUACAUUCCAAACCUUUUCAUCUAUUAUAAAAGAUUAACAAAGACGAUUUAACGCAGAGAGUAUUCAGUUUGGACCGCAACUUCAUUUUCAGAUUUUGGAUAGCAUAAUAAUUGCAUCUAUAAUACAAUAUAUACAGUAUAUUUUACUUUAUAUUAUUUUAAAGCGUUUGAUCAAAGGAAAAGAAAACCAUGGAAAACGUUACCGCAUCCUUCGAUUAUGACUACAGUGAAACUGCUGUUUUGGAUAAAUUACAGACAGAAGCACAAGAAAUUAAUAAUUUAAUGUACAUGUACACAGGGAUGUACGGCAUCACCAUUCUCUUGGGAGUACCGUUAAAUAUCCUGGUCAUCAUCACUCUUUUCCGUAGAAUUGGGAAUUAUGAAGCUGCCAUCUGGCUCUUGGGCAUGGCCAUCUCAGACCUGAUCUUCUGCCUGUUCCUGCCGUUUCACAUUGUCUCUGCAUGGGACAACUUCACCUGGAGGUUUGGGUGGAUACUGUGCAAGCUGAAUUCAUUUGUGCCAUUCAUGUCCAUGUAUUUGACGGCCUUCAUUCUUAGCUUCAUGAGCCUGGAGCAGCUGUUCUUCAACAAAUUUUCAUGUACUAGCUGCAGGUUUAAUGGGUCAAAACUCAUGUUACUGAUGUCUUGGUUUGCUGCAGCUGUCCUGAGCUGUCCAUCCCUGCUGUACAGGGUAAUUCAGUACAGGAAGAAUGGGGAGGUGUGCAUGGACAAUUAUGAGAACAUAUCCACUGAGCAGGUAGCCUCACAGAGAAAAAGCGCUGUUCUGUACAUGCGAUUCAUCUUUGGAAUCAUACUUCCUGUAGCUUCAGCAACCAUCUGUUAUUGCUUAUUGGUCUUGAGGAAGAACAGUUUCCAAUUGAAGUCGUCAAUGAAGUAUCGCAUCAGAAAGGCCCUGGUCAUUGGCCACUGCUUGUGCUGGCUGCCUUGUCUAUUUCUGCCACUCUGGCAGUACCACUCAACUACAGAUAUUUCUGCCAUUUUUGCAAUUAUCGUACCUGUUAGCAAUGCACUUGCAGCCAUGAGCGGAUGUAUCAAGCCCAUCAUCUACAUCAUUAUCAGUGACAGCCUUUGCCUUCCCUGGAUGAAGGAUGAUUAUGCCAGAACUGGAACGGAGCUAACAGAGAUAGGUGAUAAAAAUGAUCCAUAAUUCAAUAUAGAAACAUUUGGACACUGUGAGGGGAAAGCAGGCAAAGCAUUUCCUACAGUAUGGAGGAGUUUGACUUGGAAAACUAUUCCAAUGACUAUGAAAAUUACACCUUUGAAAACACAACAUUGUUUUUACUCAACACAGAUCCUGCAGGAAUGACCUUUCCUGCAUAAUUGUCACCCUUCAUCGGCUUACUGGGGAUUUUUGGGAAUGGUGUUGUCAUCUGGAUUGGAAUGGUGUUGUCAAAAUGGCCAAGACCAUCAACACAACCUGGUAUCUCAGCCUAGCAAUCUCUGACUUCCUAUUCUGCCUUUUCCUCCCUGAGGCAAGAAGUUAAGGACUAUUUACAGGGGGCAAUCAUACUCCAUGCUGAUGCGGCGACGCCUCUCAAGAUGUGGUUUCACUGCAUCAAAGGCACCAAAGGCAAAGACAGACUUAGUCCACUCAAAUUCAAAAUGCAUUUUCCACAUGCAAGUUGUCACGACACAGGGCGGAAGCAAGCGACGGGAACUCCAGGAAUAGGGGAAAACGGGGUUUAAUUGCACGAAAGGCAGGCAAAGACAAAUUGAUAAUACAACAUCAAUGACCGGACUGGGGAAACAAACGGAAACGCGGACUAAAUACAAUGAACUAAUGACAACAAUCAGAAACAGCCAUAAAACACUGGGAAUCCACAUGAGGUUAACGAGGGGGCGUGGCACACGAGAGGAGCGGAUGAUCGGGGCAUGACACAAGUCAGAAUAGGCCAUGGAAUAAAAUGACUACAAAAUCUAGUGCAGGGGUCAGCAACCUAACUUUCUGAAUUAAAUAACAAAUAAACUGGAGCUGUAGUAUUUCACUGGAAAUAGAAUUUUUUUUAUAACCAGUAGGGUGAGCAAUUACAUCCCAUCCAGAGGAGAGAGUCUGCAGCUUCAGGUUCCAUGGGGUGACCCUUAGUGCCAGAGCCUCAAGUCAGCUGUGCAUGCAGCAGCCGUCACUAAAAAGGCACACCAACGACUGCACUUCCUCAGGCAUAUAAAGAAAGCUGGGAUGUAAUUGCUCAGAAAUGCAUUGAGACCCAUAGAAAAUGGAGUGUUGGUGCCAAGUUUAGGAGGUGGUUAUGAGAAAAUGCUACAGUAAAAAUUCACCAAAAUAAGUCUGCUUACACUCUGUUAUACCUACUAUAAGAUGGUAAUGGCAGAUUUUUGGGACGUUUUGAAAUGAAAGAGCAGGGGCCUGUAAAAUUAGCUGAAAAAAAGAAGCAUUUAAGGUGGACCGGAAAAAUCAGAAUAAGUAGCUGCGAAUAAGUAGCCAACUUCAGCCUCGUGACUUUCACUAUAAUUAACGGAAUCACUGCUAUCGGUUGGCUCACUGGAAUCUUUUUCUGUUUGUGCGACUUUAACAAGGAACCCAUCCAAUGACAGCCUCUUU